UGUCAUUCGUUUUCCGGGCGCUUUGCGGUGCGGUUGAAAAGUGGGAAAAGUGCGGUGAAUUGGUGGAAAAGUGGUCAGGAGAUGGCUUCAUUCGAAUUGGUGUGCUCCACGCGAGCUAACGGCAAGAUUCCGGUGCACAAGUACCGGAGCGCCGCCACCGGUCUCACGCUGAUCGUGGCGGACGUCGAGGGGCCGGUGGUGAACGGCUACUUUGCCCUAGCCACGGAGGCGCACGAUGAUGACGGGCUGCCGCACACGCUGGAGCACCUCAUCUUCCUCGGCUCCGAGCUCUAUCCGUACAAGGGCGUCCUGGACCUUCUGGCCAACCGCUGCCUGGCCUCCGGCACCAACGCGUGGACGGACACCGACCACACGUGCUACACAAUGACCACGGCCGGCAGCGACGGUUUUCUGGAGCUUCUGCCGAUAUUCCUGGACCACAUCCUCUAUCCCACGCUCUCGGAGUCCGGCUUCAUCACGGAGGUGCACCACAUCUCAGGUGAGGGUGAGGACGCGGGCGUGGUGUACUGCGAGAUGCAGGGCAGGGAGAACUCGGACGAGAGCAAGGGCCAGCUGCAGAUGCUGCGCAGCAUGUACCCGAACUGCGGCUACUCGGCGGAAACCGGCGGCAUCAUGCACAACCUGCGCACGAGCACGACGAACCAGAAGGUCAGGGACUAUCACGCGGCUUUCUACCGACCCGAGAACCUGGCCAUCAUCGUCACGGGUCAGGUGAACAUCGAGGACCUUCUGAGGGUGCUGAAGCCGCUCGAGGACAGGAUCAUCGCAAAGGGAAAACGACCCCCUUUCCAGCGUCCUUGGCAGACACCUGUUGCGCCGCUAACCAAAUCCGAGGACGUCAAAGUUCUCUAUCCGUCGGACGAGGAGGAUUGCGGCCUGGUGCUGAUCGCGUGGCGCGGCCCGAAGUGCACGCUGGAGCACACGACGCUCACGGCGUGCUCCGUGCUGAUGCGCUAUCUCUCGGACACGAGCGUGAGUCCGCUGCAGCGCGACUUGCUGGAGAUCGACGAUCCGCUGGCCAGCAAGCUCAGCUACAACAUCGGCGAAAAUUCCGUGUCCGUGCUUAACUUCACGUUCUACAACGUGCCGCUGCAGCAUGUGGACGACGUGCACGCACGCGUACGCCAGGUGCUGGCGAGGAUUGCGAACGGUGAGGAGCGCAUCGACAUGACGCGUAUGCGCAACAUCAUCGAGAAGAACAUCCUGGAGUCGUGGAGCUGCCUGGAGGACAAUCCGCACGAGGCGAUCGCCUUCCUUGUCAUCGGCGACGUGCUGUACGGCGACACGCCGGCGGACUUCGAGCUGCGCCUCAACACCAACACGGAGUACGAGAGCUUCAAGGCGGAGGGCGAGGCGUUCUGGCUGGAUCUGCUGCGCCGCUUCUUCGUGGACGCCGAGUCUGUGGUGGUGCGCGCCGUGCCGAGCGUCGAGGAGCAGCAGCGCAUGGCGAAGCGCGAGAUUGAACGCAUCGAGCGCCAGCGCAGCGAGUUGGGCAUCGAGGGCAUGAACGCCAAAGGUGAGGCGUUCGCCGAGGCGAUGGCGCAGAACGAGAUUCCGCCGCCCAACGAGAUGCUGACGCAGGUGCCGAUUCCGGGUACCGACGGCAUCAAGUACCACCCGGUGAAGGUGUUCAGGAGCGGCACCAAGGAAGGCAGUCCUACAGGAUUCGACUUGGAUGCACUUCCGGUGUACGCUGAGGCUUACGACAUGCACACGAACUUCGUGUACUUGAUGGUCACGCUCAACACGGAGAGCCUGCACGCGGAGCUCAGGCCUUACUUGCUGCUCUUCCUUGACCUGCUCAUGGAGUCGCCGGUGCGUCGCGAUGGCGUCCUAGUCCCGUACGAGCAAGUCGUGGCGGCGCUGGAGUCCGACGUGAUCGCGUCCAUGGCAGCGCUUGGCCUGGAGUCGAAGAGCCGCUUCUCGUGCGGUCCCUUCUCGCACACCGUGUCACUGUGUCUGCAGGUGGAGCCGCGCAAGUACGCCACGGGCGUGCGGUGGCUGCGCGAGUUGCUGCACGACACGGAGUUCACGGUGGAGCGCAUUCGCGUGUGCGUGGCGAAGAUGGUGAACGACGUGGCGCAGGCGAAGCGCAAGGGCAACUCGGUGGUGCACGAUCUGCUGAAGGCGCUCUUCUAUCGGCGCGACAGCAAUGUGCAGCUCACGUCUAUGUUGCGUCAGCACAAGUUCCUCACGGAGCUGUUGGAGCGCCUGGAGACGACGGACGAGGCGCAGACUGUGGUCCAGGACAUCAAUUUGCUGCGCCAUCGUAUCACGCGCGCGGAGAACGUGACGGUGCACGUAGCGGCGGACUGGACACGGCUGGCACGCAUCGUGCCCGACCUCAACGCGCCCUGGGCCGCGAUCGCGCGUCCUGGCGACGUGUCGAAGCUAAAGCAGCUGAAGGUUAUCAACGACUGGAGCCUAAUGGACGCGGAGGCGGCGCUGGCGGACGGCACGGUGGGCACUGUGGUGGGUCUGGGCUGCGUGGAGGGCGCGUUCCUCAUCCAGGCGGCGCCAGCAAUUCGCGAUUUCAUGGACCCCGAGCUGCCAGCGCUGCUGCUCUUCCUGCAGUAUCUGUCGCAGCUGGAGGGCGCGCUGUGGCGUCAGGUGCGCGGCCAGGGUCUGGUGUACGGCUACAGCUUGGUGCCGCGGCCGCACGAGGGACUGCUGUACCUCACCUUCUAUCGCUCCACCAACGUCGUGGCGGCGUACAAGGAGACCAAGGCCAUCGUGGAGCGCCAGAUCCGCGGCGACGAGGGCUGGGACGAAACGCUGCUGGAGUCGGCGCGCAGCUCGCUGAUCUUCGAAAUGAUCGACCGCGAGAAGAGCAUCGGCGACAUCGUGAGUCAGUGCAUCCUCACCAGCUUCAAGGGCGUGUCCAUUGACUACAAUCGCGCCAUCGUGGACAAAAUCGACACCAUCACUGAGGAGGAUCUGACGCGCGUCGGCAAGAAGUACGUCGAGUCUCUUUUCUCGCCCAAAGCCAAGAUUGCCAUCGUUUGCCAUCCGGAUCGCUCUUCGGACAUCGCGGCGGCUUUCGAACAGAUGGGACACCCGCUGUCGGUCAAGGUGCUUGAGGACAGCGUCCUGGCGCACUCGUGCUGAAGCAUUCCCGGAAAGACACUCGUCUGGCGCUCGGUUUAAUAAAAAUAUGAUUUAUU